AUGGCUUUGCAUGGAACCAAUGGAGGUUCAGCAAUAGUAACUGUUUCUACUGACGGGAGCUACAUUGUGCGCGUGCAUGGCAAAGAAGUUUCAGUACAUUCGGCUAUUCCAGUAGAAGGAUCGCACUUCCUUCGGUCUAUCAAACUACAAGAGGCUUUUUCUUCCCAGCUCAAAUUCGUGAAAGUAUCCCAGUCAGACUCAACAGCUGAUGGAAAUUCCGGAACCCGAAUGCAAAUAGAAGACGAAAGCCAGUUGAACCUUGUAUCACAACGACGCCUGUUGUGUGCUUCCAGCAACCGGAUAUUAGUCUGGCAAAUCAAUUCGCUAGAAUGGCAUGCUGAUAUCGAAAACAUCGAGCCCAGCGUGGGUACCAUUGAGUUCGGUGCCAGUGAUGAUGAAGCCAUUCUAUUCCAUUCAUGGAGCUCAAAAGUAACUAUUUUCAACCUAGAAUCGGCGUCAAGUCUGAUCAUCAAGUCCCCCAAGUUCUACAAUCCCAGCAGCAUGGGACAUGGGUAUCGACCGCUUACGCGACAACUUGCCAUACUAUUGAAGCCUGAAGCCAGCGAUCUGCUGACAAUCCAUGAAGCUUGUUCCUAUGACACGAUCGCCAAAGUCACCCUGCCAACAGUGGACGCGCAGGGUCUAAAGUGGAGUCCGGAUGGCAGAUGGAUUGCGAUCUGGGACGCGGCUAGUAAUGGUACGAAGGUACUUGUGUACACGGCUGAUGGACAGCUCUAUCGAGCAUAUACUGGAAGAAGCGAUAUAGAAAAUACACAUGACCUUGGCGUGAAAUGCAUAGAAUGGACACCUCUGAAACGACGGCACUCGAACAGUGAAAUCCUGGCAGUUGGUAAAUACGACGGAACGGUGGAUCUACUUAACACUCGUACAUUCUCAUGCUCAACCACACUUUCACACACUUUCUCCAUAAACGACAAGUCACCUCCAGUCUGGCGAGAACGUAUGUCUCCCGACGGGAAACUCGAAUACGCCGAAGCAGCAUCUUCAUCUGCAUUCGUUACACCCGGGAGCGACUCUACCAUCCAGCUUCCCAAGGGUGUUUCAUCACUUCAAUUCUCGCCCCAUGGCGAGUUAUUAGCCACAAUAGAGCAGACGCAGCCGAAUAUUGUGUGGAUAUGGGCUAUGACAGCUACGCCAACACUUGAAACAGCGCUUGUACAUGAACACAAUGUUAAAAAUAUAACAUGGCAUGCGAAAAAUCAAGAGCUACUAAUCACCACGGCGAAUAAUACACUUGCCGUUAUCCAUCUGUGGUCGAAAGAACGACCUCCUGUGAUAGCGGAAAUUCCUAUACCACGGAGCGAAGCUGGUCGAUAUAGCGUUACAUGGGUCAAGUCAACUGUACCGGAAGAAUCGUGUUUGUUCUGGUUCAACAACACCGACGAUGCUGUUCUGGGGUGUGUUAUAGUCGACGAUCAGACGAACACCCAGGGUCGUGCCUCGUUCAACUCACUAUAUAUGGUGAGUCGAAGCGGCUUAAUGGGGGCGCCUGCAGAGACCUCUGGAGCAAAUUAA